ACAUGAAGAGAGUAGCGGGCGGUUAAGUAGAGUGGGAGUGGGUCGUCUUCUUCUCUCCUACUUACUUGUUUUCAACGUCCCUUGCCUCCAAAGCAGUCCUCCGUACCACUAAUCUUAUAUUUUCAUUUCUUCUUCAUUUUCCAUUUCUUUCUUUCGAAUCCAAAAAAAAAAACAAAAACUACAAAAACUUGGAAUAAAGAAAAGAACAAAACCAGAACUAACAUUACCAUCUUCAUAUUACAAAACACAGCCACCCAAUUACUCUCUUUUAUUCAUUUCUUUCUAAAUUAUCCAAUUUGGUGGAUUCUGUUUCUUUCUCUCAUCUGGGUUUGUUUUUUAUUGCUUCAAAUAUGAAUCUUUUUUUUUUUGAUAUUUUUCAAAUAUGAAUCUUAGUUAGCUGUAAUUGUAUAUAAAGAAGAAGAAGAAUUGGUGAUAGAAACCCAAAAAUAUGUCUUUGAAGAGUAAAGGUGGUGAUCAGCAGAUUAAUUAUUUCUCUUCUUCUACUAAUAAAAAUAAUUCUGUAACUCAAAGAUGGACUCUUUUCCUUUGCUUGUGUUGUUUCUGUGGUGGAAUGCUCUUUACAAACAGGAUGUGGACAGUUCCUGAGUCUAAAGGUAUCACCCGGACAACUGCAAUGGAAGCUGAAAAAUUAAAGUUAGUUUCAGAGGGUUGUGGCAUUAAAUCUUUGCAUCAGAAAGAGGUAAGGCGUGACUCGAAUGAUCUCAUCGGUGAAGUGUACAAGACUCAUAAUGCCAUCCAGACAUUAGAUAAAACUAUAUCAAACUUAGAGAUGGAACUAGCUGCUGCAAGGGCAGCACAGGAGUCCAUACUGAGCGGUGCUCCUUUAUCGGAAGACUUAAAGAAGACUUCAUCAUCUGGGAAAAGAAGGUAUUUAAUGGUUGUUGGAAUUAACACUGCUUUCAGCAGCCGGAAAAGAAGAGAUUCAGUUCGUGCAACGUGGAUGCCACAAGGCGAGAAAAGGAAAAAGCUGGAAGAAGAGAAGGGUAUCAUUAUUCGCUUUGUCAUUGGUCAUAGUGCCACAUCAGGAGGAAUUUUGGACAGAGCUAUUGAAGCAGAGGGCAGAAAGCAUGGAGAUUUCUUGAGGCUGGAUCAUGUUGAAGGGUACCUUGAAUUGUCUGCCAAGACGAAGAUAUAUUUUGCCACUGCUGUUUCUUUAUGGGAUGCAGAUUUUUAUGUCAAAGUUGAUGAUGAUGUCCAUGUAAAUAUAGCAACACUUGGAGAAACUUUAGCUAGACAUAGAAAAAAAUCGCGGGUGUACAUCGGAUGCAUGAAAUCAGGGCCAGUCCUUAAUCAAAAGGGAGUAAGAUAUCAUGAACCCGAGCAUUGGAAAUUUGGGGAGACAGGGAACAAGUACUUCCGCCAUGCCACGGGACAGCUGUAUGCCAUUUCGAACGAUUUGGCUACAUAUAUAUCAAUAAACCAGCAUGUUCUGCACAGGUAUGCUAAUGAGGAUGUCUCGUUGGGGUCUUGGUUUAUUGGACUUGAUGUGGAGCACAUCGACGACCGGAGACUAUGUUGUGGCACCCCACCAGAUUGUGAGUGGAAGGCGCAGGCUGGCAACAUUUGCGUUGCUUCAUUCGACUGGACCUGCAGUGGGAUCUGUAAAUCUGCCGAUAGGAUUAAGGAAGUUCAUCGGCGUUGCGGAGAAGGUGAGAAUGCUUUGUGGAGUGCAACUUUCUAAGAGUUUAGCUUUUGAGUCUUCCAAACUUAGGAAGUUGAUAAGCUAGUCUCAUUUUGUUUUAGUAUAGUAACAAGUGAAAUAUAAUUACACGAACUAGUCGUAGAGGAACAGGGAGUUAGCGCACGUCUGCGUGCGUGAUAGAGUGAGAGAAUGAGGAAGAAAGAAGCCCUUUUGUGUGGAUCUUUUCCAUUUUAUUUAAGGAAAUAGAACACAUUGAUUGCAAGGAAAAAAGAAAUGGAGAGGUAAAAAUGUGGUCACCAUUCAACCAUUUUUUGAUGCUUAGAAAGCCAAAUUGUAAGUUACAUUUUCACUGAUAAUAAGCUAAUAAUAAAUGCAUAUUCUUCUC